UAGAACAUCAUAACAUGCCAAGUGAAGGAUCACUACAAUAUUAUCAAAACGAAAAACGGCUCGUUUUCUGAUUUUCGUUUUCCUGUUUCUAAAUGGAGAUCAAGAAAUUGUUCGUUUUCCGAUUUCCGUUUUCCUGUUUCUAAAUGGAGAUCGAGAAACCGUUCGUUUUCUGAUUUUGGUUUUCUCAAUUCCAAACGAAAAUCCAAUGACCGCAAAGUACACGGACCUUCCUGGGGGGUAUUUGCAUGUUUGGUUUUGCACACUGUAACACCGGUAUAACAUUGGCCAGAUUUAGCUGCUCUGUUGUCGCUUCGAGGGCAGCAAACGCGAAUUGUCAAAAAAAAUGGCUGGUGCUACCAGCGGUCUCUUCAUGUAUUUCGCUUUUGGAAGCAACUUGCUCAAAGAAAGACUGCAACUGGCAAACCCCUCAGCGACAUUUUACACUACCGGUCGACUAAAGGACUAUGAGUUGAACUUUGGCCUGUGGGAGAAGCACGUGGACAACGCUUGGCAUGGUGGAGUGGCCACCAUUGAGUACUGCCCAGGUGCAGAAGUGUGGGGGGUGGUCUGGACUUUGAGAAAUGAAAAUCUCACAAGCCUAGACAACCAGGAAGGGGUAAACACAGGAAAUUAUUCACCACUGGAGGUUUCAGUGGAGACGGACAAAGGAAUGAUACUCUGUAGGACUUACCAGAUGAACAAUUUCCAUCCCUGUCCACCCUCUCCUCAGUACAAACAGGUGGUGUGUCUGGGCGCAGAACAGAACGAGCUCCCAUUGGAGUACUUGAAGAAGCUGCAGGUCAUUCAGACAAACAACUACAGUGGCCCUUCAAUCCUUGAUCAAAUCAGAAUAGUCGGGAAGUAGCAGUUAAAAGUGUAUGGUUGGACUUGAAAACAGCAGCUGACAGAACCUCCAAAACAAGGUACAUUUAGUAGCUGUUCUGACAAUAUGAAGAACAGAGUAGACAACAAUAGAAUACAGAACAGCUACCACCACCUUGUAGUUUUUGUCAAGUAAUAGAAUAGGGGGAAAAAAAGCAACUCAAGGUCCACUUACCAGCAGUGUCUGCGGGUUUCACCCAGAUUUCACUGUCUUCAUCCUUACCUUAAUUGUGUAAUAUGUAGUAGUAAAGUGUCAGUAGUGUAAUAAUUAAAUACUAAUAAUACUAAUUUAAUAGACAUGAUGAAGAUUGUAAGACUUUAAACAGCAUGUAGAAAGAGCUAGCAAGUGAACCUUAAAGAGGCCAUGGCAUGCUCAUUUCCAGCCAUUUAAUGUUUAAUCUUGGGUACCUCUAGAUUAGUUUUGCACCCAUCAUA